AUGCAUGGAAGUAAAUUGUUGCAUGACACAGAAAGCUGUGAAUGGACUGAAGUUUCCUCUUUUGACCAGCCAUCAGCAAAUACAGAUAAUUUGAAAUGUCAUAUUUUGUCAAAAGGAGGAGAACAUUUAUAUAUUUGUGCAUUAUGUGGCAAACACUGCCGAUUGAAAUCUAUUUUAGAUUGUCAUCUGAGGACUCACACAGGAGAAAGACCUUUUAUGUGCAGAUUCUGUGGAAAAGACUUUGCUCAGAAAGCAACUCUGAACUAUCACAUGACGAGUCACUCUGAUAAAAGACCUCAUAGAUUUGCAGGUAGUAAUUUUUUGCAUGACACAGAAAGCUAUAAAUGGACUGAAGUUUCCUCUUUUGACCAGCCAUCACCAAAUGCAAAUAAUUUGAAAUGUCAUAUUUUGUCAAAGGGAGGAGAACAUUUAUAUAUUUGUGGAUUAUGUGGCAAAGACUUCCGACAGAAAUCUAAUUUAGACAAUCAUAUGAGGACUCACACAGGAGAAAGACCUUUUAGGUGCAGGUUCUGUGGGAAAGACUUUGCUCAGAAAGCAACUCUGAACUAUCACAUGACGAGGCAUUCUGAUGAAAGACCUCAUAAAUUUGCAGGAAAUAAUUUUUUGCAUGAAACAGUGAGCUGUGAACGAUCUGAAGUUUCCUCUUUUGACCAGUCAUCACCAAAUACACAUAACUUGAAAUGUCAUAUUUCAUCAAAAAGAAGGAACCGUUUAUAUAUUUGUGGAUUAUGUGGCAAAGACUUCCAACAGAAAUCUAAUUUAGAUAAUCAUAUGAGGAUUCACACUGGAGAACGACCUUUUAAGUGCAAGUUCUGUGGGAAAGGCUUUGCUCAGAAAUCAACUCUGAACUAUCACCUGACAAGGCACUCCGAUGAAAGACCUCAUAUAUGCAAGCUUUGUGGAAAAGGAUUUAAACGAAACAAAAUAUUAACAAAAGGUGCAGGAAAUAAUUUUUUGCAUGAAACAGAGAGCUAUGAACAGCCUGAAGUUUCCUCUUUUGACCGAUCAUCACCAAAUACAGAUAACUUGAAAUGUCAUAUUUUGUCAAAAAGAGAACAUUUAUAUAUUUGUGGAUUAUGUGGCAAAGAUUUCCGACAUAAAUCUAGUUUAGAUAGUCAUAUGAGGACUCACACAGGAGAACGACCUUUUAAGUGCAGGUUCUGUGGGAAAGGCUUUGCUCAUAGAGCAACUCUGAAUAAUCACAUUACAAGACAUUCCGAUGAAAGACCUCAUAAAUGUCAACUAUGUGGAAAAGGAUUUAAACGAAAGGAUGGCUUAAAAAGUCAUAUGGUUUCACAUUUGGAAAAGUAG